UUCCGAAGAAAGGAAAACAAGCACAGUUAACCAUGAGGAUAAGCCAAGCAUCCAACACCACAGUGAACUCCUCUGCAACAGGGGCCCUCACCCCCUUAACCCAGUCACCCCCUUUCCUUCCAUCUCCUUGCAGUAUCGACGAGUCCUACAAGUACAUCUUCCUCCCACUCUGCUACUCCCUCAAUUUCUUCUUCAGCCUGACUCUCAACUCUGUUGUCCUGGUACGCUCCUGCCGUCAUAACAGUGGCUGUCGCCACGGCAAUGCCCCCCGGCGCUGGACCACCUCUCUGAUCUACAUGGUAAACCUGGCCACCACAGACCUGAUGUACGGCCUGUCCCUGCCCUUUCUCGUGGCCAGCUACGUGCUGAAGGACCGCUGGGUGUUCGGGGACUUCAUGUGUCGUCUGGUUCGUUUCCUGUUCUACUUCAACCUCUACUGCUCCAUCUUUUUCCUCACCUGCAUCUCCAUCCAUCGCUACCUGGGCAUCUGCCACCCCAUGAGGACCAUCACCAUGGAGAGCAAGAGGGCUGUGAGGGGGACCUGCGUCAUGGUGUGGGUGGUGGUGUUCUUGCUUACUUGUCCCAUCUUCAGGUUUGCCCAGACGGGAUAUGUGGUGAGAGAGGGUGGUGGAGGAGGGAGAGAAGGACAGUGGGGAAAUGGGUCUGAGGAUGAGGGAGGCACAGAGCGUGUUGAUGGUGGCCCCAAUGGGUUUGUGAACUGUUGGGACGAUGCUACCGAUAAAGAGUUUGCGGACUACGUCCCCUACGGACUCGUCCUGCAUUUGCUCGGCUUCUUCGUCCCAUUUACCAUCAUAGCCUGGUGCUACUCGCAGGUAGUCAGAACCAUCUUCCGGACCCUCUACUCACCGUCCAGUUUCCAGAUGGGGGCAGACAAGAAGGGUGGUGAUGGAGGAUCAGAGGGGCGUAGGGAGAGGACCUCCAUCUCCAUAUCUAGCUCACAGCACUCCUAUUUCAUCCGCAGGCGCCGCAAGUCCAUCAAAACCAUUGUCACGAUCACUCUUCUGUUCGCCCUCUGCUUCCUCCCCUUCCACGUGACCAGGACACUGUUCCUGCUCCUCCGGAGAGGUCAGAUGGGGGGUUGCAAUGCCAUGAAGACGAUCUCCAUCUGUUACAAAGUCACUAGGCCCCUGGCUGCUUGUAACGCCUGGCUGAAUGCUCUUCUGUACUUCCUCACUGGAGACAAAAGUGGCCCCUGCUGUGACACGACUAGUCAACAUGACCACCCACGCCACCCCACGCUGUGGUCCCUGAGAAUCCUGAGGAGAGACAGAGUGGGAGACAAGGAGGUGAAGGGAGAAAAGGCGGAAAAGGAGAGGGAGAGGGAGAUACGUCAGGACAAGGACUCAAAGUCUUCUGGGAUUGUCUUGUAGGAGAUUUGACACUUUUAACAAUUACGGCAGCGUUUACGAAUACAUGGUGUGUGUUUGUGUUUUGUGUGUUUGUCUUUUCUUUUUAUUUAGGGCAAGAAGUUGUUUUGCACUUUAUUUUAUUGGACUGUUUAAACGUGUUGUCAGUCAGUAUGUUGACAUUAAAUGCAGUUGAGUUGAAUUAAGCAUAAUUAAUACAGCCCAUAGCCGUUGGUAUAUUGGCCACAAAUGUACCAAUUGAAUAAUAACAGUAAAGUGAAUGUUUGUCAUACCAUCAUACUCUCCCAGCUUUUAGUCAAUCCGCAUUUAGGGUUCAAUCUGCCUUUAUUGGAAUUACAGUUAUAUUGAAGAUGUUUGUACCUAAACCAACAUAGCUCACAAGCUUAGUUUCUAAGGGGAAGCUAGUGAAGCUGAGAGUGAGGAACCUAGGAAAGAAGGUAGGCGGAGCCAAGCACAAGCUAGAAAGAUCCUAUUGGGCUGUUUUAAAAAAACGCCUUCUGUGAAGUGCGUGUGUAAUAAUUCAAUUUUAACCUUCUUCUAAACAAUGCAAUCUUUUGAAACUUUGGCAAAGGGUGAAGUCUAAAAACAUAUUCUUCUUUUUAGAACAGAAAAUGUCAUUAAGGUCAGAUGUUUUAUUUGAU